UGUGCGACUCGUUUUGCUCAUCAUGUCUGGCCGCGGCAAAGGCGGGAAGGGUCUCGGCAAAGGCGGCGCUAAGCGCCACCGUAAGGUGCUGCGUGACAAUAUCCAGGGCAUCACCAAGCCGGCCAUCCGGCGCCUUGCUCGCCGCGGCGGCGUGAAGCGCAUCUCCGGUCUCAUCUACGAGGAGACCCGCGGGGUGCUGAAGGUCUUUCUGGAGAAUGUGAUCCGCGACGCUGUGACCUACACGGAGCACGCCAAGCGCAAGACGGUCACCGCCAUGGAUGUGGUUUACGCGCUGAAGCGCCAGGGUCGCACCCUCUACGGUUUCGGCGGCUGAGCGUCAUUUUCUAACAAUAAAAGGCCCUUUUCAGGGCCCCCC